AAUCAAUUAAAGCAUCAGAUUAAGUUCUAAGCAAGAAAGAAAAUGUCAGACAAGCAAAACCUAAGCUACCAAGCCGGCCAAGCCACUGGCCAGACUAAGGAGAAGGCAAGUGGUUUGAUGGAUAAGGCCAAAGAUGCUGCUGCUUCAGCUCAAGACUCCAUGCAACAUGCUGGACAACAGAUGAAGCAGAAGGCACAAGGAGCUGCAGAUGUGGUCAAGGACAAAACUGGCCUGAACAAGAACACCUGAACAACUUUCAUUUUGACUUUCUAUUAUAAUCCUCUCUUUGAGUUAUUUAAUAAAUUUGGAAAGGUUUUAAUU